CAGGUGCAUGUUCUGUCUCUGUUCAUGUGUCGGUGGAUUCAGAUCUCUGAUCCUCUUUAAGGAUGACAGACAGACAGACAGAUGGAGGAUUAAGGAGGUCGUCUGAGGGAGGAGGAGCUUGUGUUGUCUUGUAAACUGUUUGUCAGGAAGUUCUCCUCAAAUACACGUUGAGAUGGAGGAUCUGAUGGAGCGUUGUGAGGAUGAAGGAGCUGGACGGACAGACAGUUACGAUUUCAUCAUCGAUGAUCAGAGCUGUCAUACGAGCAGUCUGGAGGUGUGUGAUCGUCUGACGUUCUUGGAGCAGCGUGUUCAGAUGCAAGAUGAGGAGGUCCAGCUAUUAAAGAUGACGAUGGCUGAUGUGCUGAAGAGACUGAACAUCUCAGAGGAGCAAACAGCAGCGCUCACAAAGAAAACUACAAAUAAGGCGGCUCGUCCAGUGUCUCUAACCCUUCCUGCUAAAUCAGCAUCAUCACUGAGGAAGAGCUCCAGCUCCACACUGCCCUCCUCAUCAUCAACCAGGAACUACAGCCCCUCACAGGCCAGCAGGAGAACUGGCAGCGCUAAAGACAGUCCGAGUGGUUCAACAAGUGGUAAAACUACCUACAAAAAACUAGAGACCAAUCCAAAGGAAGCAACUUCAAGCAUCGUAGGAUCAAGACGUGUGAGUCACUGCAAAGAUCUAUCUGAACCCCCUGUCAAGAAGGACUGGAUCUACUGACUCUUCGUUUACUGUCCUCCUGCUGAAGAGUCCCUGUCAAACACCCGUCUCACCCGUCCUGACCUAAACUACAAGAGUCCCAUUAAAUCACGCAGUCAGUACUUCCAGAUCGGUUAUUGAACUCUGCAAGAGUUUCAUCACGAAACAUGAAAUGACUUCAUUAGUAUUCAUUAGUUACUCAGUGUCUGUAGAAUGGAGAAUGAUUUGGGGGAUAAUUAAUUAGUUUUGG